UAAUCAUCAAGUUUUAGAGAGAAGUUAGAGAGAGAAACACUAGUGAGAAGUAUAGAACAAGCUCUUUUAUAGAUUCUUAGUAUACAAGAGUUAGAGUAUAUUUUUGGAUGUUCUCCUGGGAUAUCCCAAGUAGAGAGAUUGAGUCAUUUAUAAUUUAUACUCCUUCAUAGUAAUAUAUCAUUGCCAUCUUGUUUGUGGACGUAGACCAAGUCAGAACCAUUCUUGUAGCAUCAAUGGCCGCUGCAAAUUGUUCCUCUGGAGAGACUUGUGCUGCUCUGAUCCAUGGAAAACAAAUGGCACCUUCUCGGUUACAAGCUUGGGCUCGUCUUUUUGUUACUAAAUUUCUUGGACGUCAUAUCUCCACUGACCGUUUAAUCUUAGAGGAGGACAGGGGUGCAACUUUCACCUUCGAGGGAACUAGUAAAAGAUUUUCUCUAGAAGUUGUUCUCAAAGUUCACAAUCCUCGGUUUUACUGGAAGGUAACGACGCGGGCUGACAUAGGCCUUGCAGAUGCUUAUAUUGAUAGAGAUUUUUCUUUUGCUGACAAAGACCAAGGUCUUCUACAUCUUAUCAUGGUUCUGAUUGCGAACAGAGAUGCAAACAAAUCUAUCUCCAAGGCGAAUAAGAAAAGGGGUUGGUGGACACCAUCGUUAUUUACAGCAGGUAUUGCUUCCGCAAAGUUUUUCCUUCAGCAUGUUCUGAGGCAAAAUACUCUUACUCAAGCUCGCAGGAACAUCUCUCGUCAUUAUGACCUGAGUAACGAGGUUUUUUCUCUAUUCCUGGGAGAAACAAUGGCGUACUCGUGUGCAAUAUUUAAGACUGAAGAUGAAGACUUGAAUACAGCUCAGUUGAGGAAAAUCUCUGUUCUGAUUGAAAAAGCAAGAAUCGAUAAGAAGCAUGAAAUUCUUGACAUUGGUUGUGGCUGGGGAACUUUUGCUAUUGAAGUUGUCAAACAAACAGGAUGCAAAUACACGGGUCUCACUCUAUCUGUGGAGCAACUGAAAUAUGCAGAAAUGAAAGUCAAGGAAGCUGGUCUGCAGGAUAAUAUCAGACUUCUCCUCUGUGAUUAUCGUGAAUUGCCUCAAGGCUAUAAAUACGAUAGAAUCGUAUCUUGUGAAAUGAUAGAGCAUGUGGGUCAUGAAUACAUGGAGGAUUUUUUUAGUAGCUGCGAAUCAGCAUUGGCAGAAGAUGGGCUUCUUGUUCUACAGUCUACAUCUAUAGCAGAUGAGCGUUAUGAUGAGUACAGGCGAAGUUCUGAUUUUAUCAAGGAAUAUAUUUUUCCCGGUGCAUGUGUGCCCUCAUUGAGUAGGAUAACAUCAGCCAUGGGUGUAGCAUCAAGACUCUGUGUGGAGCAUGUGGAAAAUAUAGGAAGUCAUUACUAUCUUACGUUAAGAUGCUGGAAAAAAUAUUUCUUGGAAAACAAGAGCAAAAUUCUUGCCAUGGGAUUCGAUGAAAAGUUCAUCAGGACAUGGGAGUAUUAUUUUGACUACAGCGCUGCAGGUUUCAAGUCGUAUGCCCUUGGGAAUUAUCAGAUUGUAUUUUCACGUCCUGGCAAUGUCGGAGUAUUAGGUAAUCCAUACAAAGGUUUUCCAUCGGCAUAUCGACACCUUCUCUGAUAUAAACCACCUCAAAUUGUAUCGGGACAAUCAUCUAUAAAUUUUUUAAAGCAAUUUUUUAAAAAGAAUAAAACCUUCAAUUCUUUUCAAGCUCAGCCACUAUGUAUUGGCAAGAAGAGAACAGAAUUGCGGGCAAAAGCCUUCAAAAUACAAGGCCUCCAAAGACAAUGAUCUGGAGAAAACGAUGAACAAGUAUCUCUAUGAUGCUUAGCAACAUGUCAAGUCAGAUGAUUUGCUGCGAGGUGUUAAUGGUGGUGAGGCCUCAGAGCAUGUAUUUUGACUUUGAUUGUAUCUUUCGCUUUGUAGUAAACAUAUCUUGUUCUAGAUAUAACAAUCAUCCUAAUGGAUUGUUUCGUAGGACAAGUAACUAAUUAA